AUGGAUGUUGAGCAACAGAAGCAAAAGCAACAGCAGCAGCAUCAAACACAAGAGCAAGAACAAGAGCAAGAACAAGAGCAAGAGCAAGAGCAAGAGCAAGAGCAACCACGAGAGGAACAGCAAGAAGUUCAACCCCAGCAACCACGGCAACAAAACAGAUGGAAACCUUGGUGGAAUUCUACCGCUGACGAUCAUGUAGACACAGGAAGAAUUGCAGAGCAAUCAACUGGAUCUGAAAGGAGUAAUUCGACAACAAGAUUUCAAGAUGGUGUGAACUCAAAUAAUGACAAUAAGGGGAUAUGGUCCAAAAUCGCUUCUUUUGCAACUUCCAGAUAUAGGAGUGUACCGAUUGUUGUUGAUGAUAAUACCCGGUAUUCUCAACUGAAUACUGAACAAAUCAACUUUUUGGAAAAUGAGGCUAAGGAUAUAAUUUCGAAAAAAUCGAAAUCAUGGUGUUGGUACGAAGCAAUCCCGAAUACAUUAACCUCGUCAAACAUAAUUGAUUCGAUAGAUACCCCAGGAAUAGUCAGUGUGUCUGGCACGGGAUCCGCCAAGUGCCCGUUACCAUUAAAUAAGUAUCCUGGUGAGGGAGGUAACCCUGGGUAUAAUGUAUUUAUUAAUGAUUCUUUGAUCUUACCAUCGGAUAAUCCUUUGAAUUUUUUGCACGUCCAACCACUUAGAACUAAGGUAUUGAAUACUAUCAAAAACUAUUAUAAUUUCCCGAAUGAACCACAUCUCUAUCUAAGACAAAGAAGAACUGCAUUACUGAAGGACAAGAGAAUUAUAAUAAUUUCUGUCGUCGGAGAUUUACCGGAAAAGUAUGAACAGCGCUCAUUAGAGUCACAAAGGUCGGCAUACUAUCUUUCUAGAAAGCUGUCACAGAAUCUAACGCAAGAACAACCUGAGAGAGUCUUGACCCUAUCGUUCCAGUGUCCACUGCAUAGUCAAGAUUUGAUACCUACGUACAAAGAAUGCGUAGAAUUACUGAACCAUUGGGCUCAUCUUUUCAAAGACGUAGGCUCGAUUUUUUUUGUGGGUGUUUAUCACAGCGUUCCUCUAACCUUGCUGUUAGCCAAAUAUAUCGUACAAAAUAAUGAAGUUCUAGAGUUUGAUGAAAACACUACUGUGAGUGUAUUGAGUUUUCAAUCAUGUUUACAAGGCUAUCGAUUCUGGGACCAUAGCACUGAUUUUACUAGCAAUAGUUAUAAUAACUUGGGUUCCAAUUCAAAUAAUAACGAAAAUGACAAUAAUGAUCAUGAUUCAAAUAAUGAUUUCAUGACAAAGAGCCAACAAAUCAAAGAGAAACAAUUGUUUCAAGGUAUUGACAAAAAGCAACAAGAUACACUAUCAAAAAUCAAAAAUUACAGGAAGAUAGAUUCUAGUGAAUCUAAACUAGUUCAAGAUGCAUUGGAUUGGCUCUUGUUUAAUUGGGAUUCGUUUCGGCUGACAUUCUUUGGCAAGCUUUAUGAUAAUUUCAUGACAAUUUCAGAAAAACUUGCUAUAGAUUAUAAUCAUCCAAAAAUCUUGAGAAAUUUAUGGUGCAAUGGGAAGUAUCUGGGUAUCGACUUAAAGAAUGCUAAUAAUUUAAACCUCGAUACCGGUGACGAAGCAAAUAGCAGCAUUAAUGAUGUCCAUGUAAGAACGCCUAAUUUUGAAUCAAGAUUGAAGAUUCCGUCCAACAGACUUUUCGAAAUAACCUUAUGGGAUAUUUUGAUGAUAACGGAAAAUUUAGGAUAUAAACAGUUCAUUCCCAUAAUUAAUUUGCUAAGUCCGUUUUUUAUUUCAAGGUCAUUCAAUGAUUACACUUUGCCGCCAAAUAUUAGGAAACAGUACCAGAGCAGCACCAAAAUUUGGCUUCAAGAAAUGGACAAUAAAUGGAAAAUCAAUGCUCACCAACUCAAUCAUGACCAAAGAGAGGGUGAAAGCCUCGCCUCGUCAUCGGCAUCAUUGUUACCAGAGGAUAUUUCUACAGUAAGGGAUUUUUUACAGUUUGUGCAGUAUCAGAGCGAAAAAUCCUCGGAUUUCGUAAGAAUAUAUUCAGACAUUUAUGAUGAUGAUAAAGUCUAUAAAUGCUUUCUGUACAAUACAAUUUUCACGAAAAACCCAUUAAACCCUAAACAUUUGUGUUUAAACAUCGACCUCGACACUCCUACGAGCAUAUUGAACACUGUUAAUCAAUAUGAUUUAGUGUGGAAAGUUCAUGAUUCGUUUUCCAAAUUGAUUCAGUUGAAAAAUUUACCGCAGCGAGGGAUACCAUAUGCGCUAAGGCUCUCCAUCUCAUUAAACUGCUUCUUGGAUAGUACUACAACUACUUCUGGGCCCAUCUUUCAGAGGGACAACGUGGAAGCUUUGAGAAGACUAACAGAGAUUUGGCGAACUUAUCAAGAUUGGUCUCCACCAACUAGGGGUUUGAAACACCUACGUGAUAUACUAAGCGUUUUGGCCAUGUAUGACAACCCCAAAAACUUGAUUAAUGAUGUUCGACGUACAUAG